AUGGGUUCCAAUGAACAGGCCAAUGGCCACGCUCAGCCGACGUUGAAGGCCCCAACAUAUCCCAGCAACUGCCUCGCCUUCCUAGAUGAUCUCUCAGCAUAUGAAAAUUCUCUACCUGCGCAGGUCCGGCUGAACAUUAUCGUCGUCGGUGCCGGACUGGGUGGACUAGCCACAGCCAUCGCCCUUGCAAGUUCCGGCCACACUGUGACAGUUUACGAACAAGCACAGCAGCUUGGAGAAGUCGGCGCCGGAAUUCAAAUCCCAUCCAACUCAACCCGUCUCCUAAGCAGACUCGGCCUAGAUCCAUACUUGAAAGAGUAUGUGACCGAGCCUGAAUAUAUUUCUUUCCGACGCUGGCAGUCAGGAGAUGUCAUUGGCCUUACACCACUCAUUCCAAAUUUCCGGAAACAAUUCGACGCUCCAUACUAUGUGAUCCACCGCGCAAAUUUCCACUCUGCGUUGCACAAACGUGCUUUGGACCUUGGUGUGACGGUCAAAGUUGCUUCACGCGUUGUGGAGUAUAAUGUCGAAGAGCGAAGCAUUACUCUUGAGAACGGUGAAUCUGCUUCAGCAGAUUUGAUAGUUGCGGCAGAUGGAGUCAAGUCAGUCGCUCGUGGAACCCUCGACAAGAGCGACAAGCCCUCGGUCAACAAGACUGGAUUUGCAGCUUAUCGGGCUACGGUGGAUGUUGAGCGCAUUAAGGAAGACCCGGAGCUUUCCUGGCUGUUGGAGAAACCAGCUCUGAAUAUCUGGAUUGGUGAUCAGCGCCACGUAAUGACAUACACUAUUGGAGCCGGCAAAUCGUUCAACAUGGUUCUUUCGCAUCCAGAUGACAGUGAGCCUUCAACCUGGGACCAGGCGACUGCUAUCAGCGAUAUGCGACGCGAAUUCCAAGGAUGGGACAGCCGACUCGAAAAGAUUAUCGGACUCAUUAACAAAACUAUCAAAUGGCCACUGAUCAGUGGAGUACCUUUAUCCCGCUGGGUGAAUGGUCGGGUACUGAUUCUGGGAGAUGCAGCACAUGCAAUGCUGCCUUAUAUGUCACAAGGCGCGGCAAUGGCCGUCGAAGAUGGCGCAGCAUUGGCCCGAUCUCUGUCCAAAAUCGAGAACGCUGCAGACAUUCCCAAAGCGUUGGAAGUCUUUGAGCAGGUCCGCAUUGAACGAGCUGGAAUGAUGCAGGAGGCAAGCCUGUUAAAUGGAAAGCUCUGGCACUUUGCCGAUGGGGCGCUUCAGCAAGCCCGUGAUGCAGCCAUGAAGCCGGAGACUCUGGGGUUGCCAUUUAGUCACAGUCCUAACCAAUGGAGUGACCCGGCGACCCAGAUGUGGUGCUAUGGAUAUGAUGCUGAGCAAGAAAUUGAUCGAGCUUGGGCGAAGUUGACAUUGUAG